CCAUCCCAUCCGAGCGAGGUCAAAUCCCCUCUUCCUCGCCGGCUUGCUUGGCCCCUCCUCCCCGUUCCGAUCGCCGCCGCCGUCUCGCCGUCCCUGCCAUCCCUGCUGAGGAUUCUGCAUCUAUAGGGUUGACCAUGGCAUCAGCUGCUUAUCUUGAUGACACCGAUGCUGAAGUUAUUGACCCUCCAAAGAAUGAGAUGUUAGAUGUCGCCGAACUUGUCGGUGAUCUUAUCAACCAUUCACCGAAACCAAAUAUGAUAGUUUCUAGCAAUGUGCGUGAGCUACUGGAAUGCCCUGUGUGUUUGGUUGCCAUGUAUCCUCCAAUCCAUCAGUGCUCCAAUGGCCAUACCAUAUGUUCUGGAUGCAAGCCAAGGGUUCAUAAUCGCUGCCCAACUUGCAGGAGUGAAUUGGGUAACAUAAGAUGCCUUGCUCUGGAGAAGGUUGCUGCGUCUCUAGAAGUUCCAUGCAAGUUCCAAAACUUUGGAUGCUUGGGAAUAUAUCCCUAUUAUUGCAAGCUGAAACAUGAAUCCCAGUGCCAAUACAGACCCUAUACUUGCCCAUAUGCGGGAUCUGAAUGCACUGUCGCUGGUGACAUCCCAUAUCUAGUGAAUCACUUGAAGGAUGAUCAUAAGGUUGACAUGCACAGUGGAAGCACAUUUAAUCAUCGUUACGUCAAGUCAAAUCCUCACGAAGUUGAGAACGCCACAUGGAUGCUUACGGUUUUCAGCUGCUUUGGCCAGUACUUCUGCCUGCACUUUGAGGCCUUCCAGUUGGGGAUGGCGCCUGUCUACAUCGCCUUCCUCAGGUUCAUGGGAGACGAUGCUGAAGCUAAGAACUACACCUACAGCCUGGAGGUUGGAGGCAUUAAUCGUAAAAUGACCUGGCAAGGUAUCCCUCGAAGCAUCAGAGAUAGCCACAGGAAAGUUCGGGAUAGCUACGACGGGCUCAUCAUCCAGCGGAACAUGGCCCUGUGCUUCUCUGGUGGCGACAGGAAGGAGCUCAAACUGCGGGUCACUGGGAGGAUUUGGAAGGAACAAUGAAUUGUAACUGCAUGCUGAAACGAUGCGCUCCUUCAUUCCGGCGAUCCAAGACAAACCGAAGCGCUAAAUGCGUAAGCAAAUCGGUGCGAGGACUUAAUUAGGACUAAGUAAUGGUGUGUAGAUUUGUCUUAUGCCAGUGAGCUUGUAGUAGUUCAAAAUGGUUUAAUGGAUGGUUGUUCAGUGAACCGAGGUGGUACUGAUGAUGUGGUAGAACUGGUUGUCAUGUGAACUGAGGUGGUACUGGUGUAGUAGAGCUGGUUGUCAUGUGAACCGAGGUGGUGAUGUGGUAGAGCUGAAAGCAAAUCUCCUGUUUUUGCUUUUUACAAGAGCUGGCUGGCCACUGCGCCGCCGUUUUGGGUGAGAUAUUGUUGGUGAUUGUGGAAUGUAAAUCAUGUAGCUCCCCUCCGUAUGAGACUCUAAUGAUAUCAGCCCCUCCGAUUGCUUUGAA